AUGAUGCAGCCGGCAAGCACCAUGGUUCCCCCUCCGAUGAUCCCCCCGCCUUACCAGCAACAACCACCGCAGCAGCCAUCUCAACCAUGGAUGGGGCAGCACCCUCAGCAACCCCCGUACCAGGUUCAUCCACUUCAGCAGCCGCCCGCCUCCGGGUAUUAUUAUCAACAGCCGCAGGCUGCUCCAGGCGCCGUACCGCCGCAUCCGUACGCCGCCGCGCCAACGGCUCAGGCUCAGCCGAUAGCGGAUGAUGGGAUCCGGAGCCUGUGGAUUGGAGAUCUGCAAUCCUGGAUGGACGAGCAGUAUUUGUACAACUGUUUUUUGACCACCGGGGAGGUGGUGGCUGCUAAAGUUAUCCGUAACAAGCAAACUGGCCAAUCAGAAGGAUAUGGAUUCAUAGAGUUUGUUAGUCAUGCUGCUGCAGAGAGGAACCUGCAGACAUACAAUGGCAGCCUAAUGCCAAAUGUCGAACAAACCUUCAGAUUGAACUGGGCAUCCAUGGGAGCUGGGGAAAAGCGUGAUGAUGCUCCUGAGUACACCAUAUUUGUUGGAGAUCUGGCUGCUGAUGUAACUGAUUACAUGCUUCAGGAGACUUUCAGAGCCAAUUAUCCUUCAGUAAAGGGUGCCAAGGUUGUCACGGAUAGAAUAACAGGACACGCCAAGGGCUAUGGGUUUGUGAAGUUUGGUGAUGAAAGCGAACAAUUACGUGCCAUGACUGAGAUGAAUGGGAGAUUAUGUUCCACUAGGCCUAUGCGAAUUGGUCCAGCUGCCAACAAACAAAGAAUGGGAGGUCAGACAAAAGCCUCAUACCCGACUUCUCAAGUCACGCCAAGUGAGGAUGACCCAUCGAACACAACUAUCUUUGUUGGGAAUUUGGACUCCAAUGUCACAGAAGAUCAUCUCAGGCAGAUGUUUGGACAACACGGACAGUUACUUCAUGUAAAGAUACCCAUGGGCAAACGAUGUGGUUUUGUUCAAUUUGCUGACAGAAGCUGUGCUGAGGAAGCUCUACGCGCGUUGAAUGGAACCCAGUUGGGAGGUCAGAGCAUUCGACUCUCAUGGGGCCGCAGCCCUUCAAACAAACAGGUUGACCCUAACCAGUGGAAUAGUGGAUAUUAUGGUUACACCCCGGGUUAUGACACCUAUGGAUAUGCUGCAGCAGCAGCACAGGAUCCGAAUAUAUGGAAGAAUAUCAGCAUAGAUUCGGGUCAAGAAGAUAUUAUAGUUGUCAAUGGACAAAAUGGGGAGUUUCGGUGCCAUAUAUUUGUUCAUAGAAAUUCGAAGAGCUCCGGGAACUAA